AUGACGAACGGAUCAAUAACUACACGCUCAGAUAGAUUUUUCAGCUUAAUUCAGACUGGAACAUCUGAGAAUGUUGGUCCUGGUUCUUAUGAUAUGCCAGAAUUAAUCAAAACUCCUUAUGAGUCGUUAUAUCCGUUCAAUUCAACAGCAGCACGUUUCAGAGGUCCACCAGAAUCUACACCAGGUCCUAGUGAUUACAAUCCACAAUUACCUCGCAUUUCUAUUCAUGGCGGCGGAGCAAUGAUGAAAUCUGGCUCACCUCGUCAAUCUUUUGAAAUUCACGAUGGACCAUCACCUGCAGAUUACGGCAGCCACUAUGACUGGAGUAAAAAUCGCCCUGGAAUGUCACCAAGUCAUCGAGAACAAAUGAAUUCAAAAUCACCAAGAAAUUUCAACCUUGCUGCACCUCAAUAUCACGCUUCAUCAUCAGCAGAUUUUGAUACAAGACUCCCAUACGAUAGAAAAGUUACAAUUCCAAAAACGGCAAGAAAUUAUCGUAAAGAACCACCGUCACCAGGUCCAUCCGACUACAAUACACUACCUAAACGCAGUAUUUCACCUAACAAAAGUCCUGCUUUCAUGAGCAACGCAGAAAGAAACGUAUUUCCAGUUCCAGAUUGGAUUGCUGAUCAUGACGGCCUGAGCCAAACAUCAUGGAAGCUUCCUUCAAAGGGCGCUCCAUUUGGCAGCCGUCAGAAGCAUAAAUCUUUCUGGACCAAAAAUAAUAACCCUUCUCCUUGCCAAUACAACGUUACUCGAUCUCAGGAAAUACCACAUCAAAACAUUGCACCUUUCAACAGCAGAUCUGGUCGCGGAAAUCUUUUUGAUGGAAAUCCAAAUCCAGGACCAGCAGAUUACAACAUCGAGCAUUCAAGACGUUAUCGCGAUUCAAACAAUGCACCUUUCUUCCAAAGAUCCGAACGAUUUACUGUUCAUCCUCCUGAAUACGAUGCAUGUGUUGCAAAAUACAACAUUGAACAAGGAGAUCUGAUCAGACAAGCGAAAAGACAUUCUAGUCCAUCACCUCCAUUCAUGAUUUCUUCUCCACGCGAUCCAUACGCUGUUAAAGACAAAACUCCAGGUGUUGGAACAUAUAAUUUGUCUAAAUCACCAGAUCACAAAUUACAACAUGCGAUUGGAGUUGAACAGCGAUCUAAACCAAAUACAAUAUUCGGUGCUCCAAUCAGUGAUGCCCCUGGACCAGGCAAAUACUAUGAUCUGAAGAGUCCACGAAUUCGCGGUGGAUAUAUGGCGAAAGAAGGAAGAACUCCGCUUCCUAAUACACCAGAAAAUACUCCUGGCCCUGUCGCUUACGUUUCUGAAUACAAUAUGUUCAAACCAAGUUUCAAUGUCACUUAUUCAAUGGGCAAGUUCUAA